UUAUUCCAUAGCUAAGCCAAUAGAUGAAUACUUUGGAACAUUAAGCAAGAAUGGAACAUGGACUGAAAUGACUGGUAAAAUUGUAAGACAAGAAGUGGACAUGGGAAUAAUUCCGAUGUUUAUUAAAUUCGGUUUAUAUUCAAUGGUGGAGUUUUCUGAAACAAUUGGAUUACGAUCUGCGAUUUUUGUUGUCAAAGCUCCACAGAAGUUUUCUAAUUGGAGUUCUAUUGUUGCUCCAUUUACAUUUACGAUGUGGAUCUCUGUGUUCGUAACCACAAUUGUUUUCGGACUGGCAUUGCACAAAGUAUUAAAACGUGACUUUUUAUUACAAAAUAUUAAAGUAUUUUGGCCAAGAAGUAAGGUUUUCUGGAAUUUAUUUUGUACCUUCGUAUAUCAAGGAAUAAAUUUAGGUUUUAUAAGAAGGUUUUCAUCGAGAUUUAUGAUAGGAAUAUGGUGGAUAUCUACCGUUGUUUUAGUAUCUAGUUACAGUGGAACUUUAAUGUCCUUCAUGACGUAUCCUGUUACUGAAACAGUUCCGAAAACUUUUGAUGAAUUAGCAAAUUCUGUCCUCAUGGGAAAAUAUUCUUGUGGAAUACCCUCUAAAGGUGAAAUAUGGCGAAGAAUUUCUAAUUCCAAAUUAAAAACUGCUAAAAUAAUAACAGAUCAUAUAACAGAAAACAACAACUUUAUUAAGUUAUCAGAAGGAAUAGAAAGAGUGCAGAAAGAGCGAUUUGCUUUAAUAUACGGUGAACAUGUGAUAAAAAAAAUACGUCGUUUAUUUGAUUCUGGAUUUAUCGAUAAAAUCGAUCAUGCUGAAGAUUCUGAAACAAUCGAUGCUUCAGAAUUCCACGAAUUAUCUGUGGACGAAGUCAUCAGCCCUAUUUUAUUACUUAUAUUAGGCUACAUUUUUCGUCAUACAGGUUUUUGGGCAUUGAGCCGUGUUUCUGGUUUAGAUGGUUUACCUUUACCUUUACAUACAUCAAUAUUAGAUUGCGACAUUAAAUCAAGCGAAGACUAUGUUAUCUUGGAACGAAUAGUUUGGAAGGGUGCUGGUGUUCAAGUGAGUAAGGUUGUGUUGGACCAUGGUUGCGUUAACUAUGUUACUCCAAGGUUUAUCUCUUGGACUAUGCCAGGCCGCAUAGUCGUCAUCGAAGUCACUUCCUAUUAG